AGGGAGAGUUCCGGCCGGCACAGGGCGGACUGUGCUGCUGAGACGCUGACGGGAGGCUGCCACUGCCCGGACACAGACUGAUGGACCCUGGCCCCGCCACAGCACAGCUAUACAACGGUGUUCUCCCAUCCCGGAACACUCACUCCUGUCAGGGGACCAUUUAUAAUGACGGACGCCAACUUCCGGCACCGGCUCCUCCUCCCACCCCCAGGGUCCUAGGUCCGGCCAUGUUACGCUUUGUCUGCUGCCUGGGAGCUGCUGAGUGUCUGCUGGGUGUAUAACCCUCAUCAUCCCCUGACAGCAGGUGAAGGUUCUGGAGGAACUCGUUUUGAUGGCUCUUUCUGGGUCUCCUUGCCAGGAUCCCUCCAUGAUGUCUUCAGGCCAGGGGGAACCGCUAAAUGAUAUAGAGGUAAUGAUCGAGGAAGAGUCCCCUGGGUAUGUGUUCUGUGGACGUCGGCUCCGCUGUCUGACCUGCAGCAAGACCUUUCCAAAUCAGCUACGUGCCAUGCGCCACUGCCAAGCUCACUGCAUAAAGGAGGAAGCCAAGUCUCCAACUUCCAAGACACGAGCACCCAGAGGAGAUCAGCGGCAUCAGUGUGUGCACUGCGACAAGUCCUGCAAGACUGCGUCCCUCCUGAGGAGCCACAUGCGCAGCCACACAGGAGAGAGACCCUUUGUGUGUAAAGACUACGAGGAUCCCUCCGUGAUGUCUUCAGGCCAGGGGGAACCGCUAAAUGAUAUAGAGGUAAUGAUCGAGGAAGAGUCCCCUGGGUACGUGUUCUGUGGACGUCGGCUCCGCUGUCUGACCUGCAGCAAGACCUUUCCAAAUCUGCCACGUGCCAUGCGCCACUGCCAAGCUCACUGCAUAAAGGAGGAAUCCCAGUCUCCUACUUCCAAGACACGAGCGCCCAGAGGAGAUCAACGGCAUAAGUGCGUGCACUGCGACAAGUCCUACAAGACUGCGUCCCUCCUGAGGAGCCACGUGCGCAGCCACACAGGAGAGAGACCCUUUGUGUGUAAGGAGUGUGGAAGAUCCUUCAUGCAGCCUAUUUGCCUGCGGGUGCACAUGGCCACACAUAGCGGGCAGCUGCCUUUCCCUUGUGGGCAGUGUGGAAAAGCUUAUGCCACCCCAUCCAAGCUGCGAAUCCAUGAGCGGCUGCACACGGGAGAACGCCCCUUCUCCUGCCCUGAAUGUGAUAAAGGCUUUGCUGACCCAUCUGUUUACCGGAAGCACAGACGUAGUCAUGCCGGGCUGCGGCCGUACCAGUGUCAGCUGUGCCAAAAAUCCUACAGCGAGCUGAAAGAUCUAAAGAACCAUGAGCGAAGCCACACGGGGGAGAAGCCCUUCCUUUGUUCCUACUGUGGGAAGGCGUUCUCACGUGCCUCUUCUCUCAGCUGUCACCAGCGCAUUCAUGCUGCAGAGAAACCGUACAAGUGCCCCAUCUGCAACAAAGACUUUACCCAACUCUCGUCCUACCAGAGCCACCAACGGACGCACUCUGGUGAGAAGCCUUAUUUAUGUCCCCAGUGCGGACGCAUGUUCUCGGACCCAUCUAGCUUUCGGCGGCAUCAGAGAGCUCACCAAGGGGUCAAGCCUUACAGUUGCGACAAGUGCGGCAAACCGUUCCGGCAGCCAGCCGAUUUAGCAAUGCACCAGCGUAUCCACACAGGUGAGAGACCGUUCCGCUGCCCGGACUGCGACAAGACUUUUGUGGCAUCCUGGGACUUAAAGCGCCACCGUUUGUCGCACAGCGCGGAGCGGCCGUUCCAGUGCCCUGAAUGCGGGAAAGGCUUUGCUGAACGCUCUGGACUAAGCAAACACCAACGCUCACACAGCGGCGAGAGACCAUAUAAGUGCAAUGAAUGCGGGAAGACCUUUAUCGUCAAUUCUAGCCUUAGGAAACAUGAACGCACCCACAUAGGAUCCAACAGAGAGCCCAGCAAGAAGAAGGAGGAAUCCACCACCUGUGAGAAGUGUGGCUUAACAUUUCAGAGCAUGAUGGACCUGAGGAAUCACCAGAUGAGCCAUCCGGAGCUGCGGCCGUUUCACUGUGACCGCUGCGAAAAGGGUUUUGUGGACCGGGCCAGACUGAAGAAGCACCAGAGAAUACACAGCGAUGUACGCCCCCAUAUAUGCCCACAGUGCGGCAAAGGAUUCCUAGUACCCAGCGACCUACGCAAGCACCAGCGGACACAUGCAAAGGGGGUUAAAGGGAAGGAAGAGGAGGAGGAAGAAGAGAUCACUACAUUAACUAUCCAGGAUGAGGAAGAAGAGAUCACCACACUGACGAUCCAUCCAGUGUCAGUGGGACCUCAACCUCUAUUUGAUCCCCUGGUUUCCUUUUUAGAGAAGGUGGCAGAAGGAAACUUGGAAGUGAUUGAGCCUUCACCCACAUCAAGCUGAAUUUUCCUGUACACUCAACAUAUGGUUCUCUCUUACGUACAAUGAUCUUUAUUUCUUCAUGACCAAACAGGACUACUUGGACCUGUCACAUAGGCCUGGAGAAGGCGGCCAUUUUGUGUGCACUGGCUCAGCGAUGUCACUAGUUCCUAGGGACUGGCGUAGCUGAAUAAGCUAGAAAAGGGGUACAUUCCCCCCCAUGUGCGAGAUAUCAGGACACUCACCUGAACUUACUAUAUGAAAUCACCAACAGUUUGUCAGCAUCCUGGACUAUACCUUGUACCACAAACCUAUGAAGGCAGUUUUGGGAAAUUGGUGUAAAUGUGAACUGUUUUGGUGCAAAAAGGAAAGCGGUCAUUGGCCAUUUUCCAGACCAGAUAGUUGUCGCUUCCAUAUUGCAUCUUACGCCCCUGCUGGAUAACAGGGAUUUACAGCGGAAUAUUUACAUCUGUGAUAAACGCCGGUCACCCGGGCAGGGAUAUCCAUUUAAGGCUCUUUCAGUGACUAUUUGUUCCGGGUUGUGAGAGUGUGAUGAGUUGCAGAGAUUUGCACAGGUAUAGUCCCUCAUUAUAGGGAGAGGAAAGAAUAAUACAAGAUGAUGUAUUUUUUCCCCAAAUAAUAAAUAUUAACUUUCCUGAGUAUGA